AUGGUACCAAUCGGUACAGGAGUGGCAAAUCAGCCUUAUGGAUUUUUUAACUCUCUUCCAGGACUCAUUGUUGGGGUAAUUUUGAGAUAUGGGACUCCUUCUACCAGUGGCCAUGAUAAACCGUUCAGCUGCUCCCAGGAGAACCGGCCAUUUACAACCCUGCUGGUCAAUGUCAGUGGAAAGUUCUUUGAAUAUACCCUCAAAGGGGAAAUAAGUCCUGGAAAGAUCCACAAUGUGGAGCAAAAUGACAUGUUGCGAAAGGUAACAUUUGACCCAGAAGUUUUUUUCAACAUUCUGUUACCGCCUAUAAUUUUUCAUGCUGGUUAUAGCCUCAAGAAGAGACACUUUUUCAGGAAUUUGGGCUCCAUUUUGGCUUAUGCCUUUUUAGGAACAGCAGUCUCUUGUUUUAUCAUUGGGAAUCUUAUGUACGGUGUGGUGAAAUUAAUGAAGUUGGUGGGACAGCUGUCUGAUAAAUUCUACUAUACAGACUGCCUCCUCUUUGGAGCGAUAAUAUCUGCCACUGAUCCAGUUACUGUGCUAGCAAUAUUUAAUGAGCUGCAUGCUGAUGUUGAUCUCUAUGCCCUUCUGUUUGGGGAGAGUGUGCUGAAUGACGCUGUUGCCAUUGUAUUAUCUUCAUCUAUAGUUGCCUACCAGCCAACAGGUGAAAAUACCCAUGCUUUUGAUGCAGCAGCAUUUUUUAAGUCAGUUGGUGUUUUCCUGGGAAUAUUCAGUGGUUCUUUCAUGAUGGGAGCCGUGACAGGAGUUGUGACAGCUCUGGUGACCAAGUUUACUAAGUUGCACUGCUUCCCCCUGCUGGAAACGGCUCUCUUCUUCUUGAUGUCCUGGAGCACUUUCUUGCUAGCAGAAGCUUGCGGAUUUACUGGUGUGGUAGCUGUCCUCUUCUGUGGAAUUACCCAGGCACAUUAUACAUACAAUAACUUGUCAGUUGAAUCAAGAAGUCGCACUAAACAGCUCUUUGAGGUAUUGCACUUCCUGGCUGAGAACUUCAUAUUUUCGUAUAUGGGUUUGGCACUGUUUACUUUCCAGAAACACAUAUUCAGCCCAGUUUUCAUCAUUGGAGCUUUUGUUGCAAUCUUUCUCGGCAGAGCUGCACACAUCUACCCUCUCUCCUUCUUAUUGAAUCUAGGCAGAAGGCAUAAGAUUAGCUGGAACUUUCAGCAUAUGAUGAUGUUUUCAGGUCUCAGGGGAGCUAUGGCAUUUGCUCUGGCCAUACGAGAUACUGCUACUUACUCGCAUCAAAUGAUGUUCUCAACAACUCUCCUUAUCGUCUUUUUCACUGUCUGGAUUGUCGGUGGAGGCACAACUCCCAUGCUCUCAUGGCUGAACAUCAGAGUUGGUGACCAUGUUCCAUCGGCGGAAGAGAUGAAUGAAAGCCGCUGGCUGUAUUUCAGAGUUGGAGUUGACCCAGAUCAGGAUCCUCCACCUACUAAUGACAGCUUUCAAGUUUUACAAGGAGAUGGCCCAGAUACUGAAAGAAGGAACAGGACAAAGCAGGAAAGUGCUUGGCUCUUCAGGCUGUGGUAUAGCUUUGACCAUAAUUAUUUAAAGCCGAUUCUCACUCACAGUGGCCCGCCAUUAACCACAACUCUACCGAGCUGGUGUGGUCUGAUAGCCCGCUGUCUGACGAGUCCCCAGGUUUAUGAUAAUCAAGAACAACUUAGAGAAGAGGAUUCUGAUUUUAUUCUGAAUGAUGGUGACCUUACUGUGACAUAUGGUGAUACAACAAUAACUGCUAAUGGUUCUUCUGGCCCCCAUACAGCUACCACUAGCCUUGACGGCAGGAGAACAAAAAGUAGUUCAGAGGAAGCGCUGGAACGUGAUUUGGGAGCAGUGGAUCAUGAAAUUACAAGCAGGGGCACCCGGCUAGUAUUUCCUCUGGAAGACAAUGCAUGAUUACUGACUCAGUAAAAACAACUCUUGCUCUGUGGAUGGAUCAAGGAAAACUGCAGGCCACUGUGUCACUUGAGGUGGGGAUGUUUAUUUAAACAAGUUAACACAUUUAAGUGGUUUUACUAUGGUCUGAAGAUGUCAAACUUGACCUGUUUUUUUGUUUUUACUCAAGAUGCUGACAGCGGGGUUUUCUAAAUGUGUUCAAAAUAGACAAAUGAGGAAACUGGUCAUUCUCCUCUUUCAAGCCACAUAUUCAAUCUAAAGUACACCUAGCAUGCUGCAAUUGUCUUGUUCAGCUGCAGCAGCAGCUGCUCUCUCUGGGAAGAGGUAUGUGAAAACCUUGCCAUAGAACUGAGCUCAUCUUGGUUUAGCUUGGGAAUGCGGCAGAAGGAAUAUAAACAAGAAGAUUAUUAUGAGAUAAAAAGGGAUGUGUGUGUAUUAUCUGAAUGUGGAGAGAUCCAGUGUUAACUCCUCUAGUGAGCUUGAGGAAACUAGACGUAAAAUGGGACAGUGUGCUUUAGAACUACAGAGGCAUGAAUGCAACAGUGUGGGGAAUCUGUUACUACAAGCUGUACUUAAUGCAUUUCAGGAAAAAAAGGGAAAAUAGAUGUCUUCACUGGCCAUGUGUUUAAAUAGGAAGGCACUGAGAGCUGUUUGCCCCUUUAACUUUGGACAACCUGACGAUUACUAUUAGCCUGACUUCCAGUGCCUCAAAAGAAAAGCAUCCAACUUCUUGUGGUCUAAGACUUACCUGACCUGACACAAGUCAGGAGCCAAGCUGUUUUGGGUAGAAGUAAUGAGGUAAAACUUUUUUCCCCUAAGGUUGUUAAAAUCAGAUGAAGACAGUUGGAAACCUAUCUUGGGCUUGGGAAAACAGCUGAUGAUAAUCAUAAAAAAAAA